GGCCCACCGCUCAACAUCUCCACAGUUUCCAACCCCCUGCAGGACGUCGUCUGGAACAUGUCAGCCAACAGCGUCUGCGCGCUCAGCGUGGUGGCCGUCCUGGUCCUGGUGGCGCUCGCCGCCGCCGCCCCCGCCGCCGCCCCCGCCGCCCCCGCCGCCCCCGCUGCCGCAGACAAACCCGCCGCCGACCAGGCCGUCGCGGCGGCCGAGACGGGUGCCUCCAUCGAGGAGGACGUCGUCAAGUCGGCCGAGGGCAGCGGCACGAAGGCCAACAAGAAGCGCAGCCAGCCGUCGUCCGCCGGCGGCAACCUGCUGACGCCCCUGCUGCAGUCGCCGGACCUGUACCCCGAGACCGUGGUGCCGUCGCCGCAGGUGCCCGACCCCGCCAAGAAGGGCAACGCCGUGCAGGGCAUCCUCCUCAACAUCCUGCAGCCGAAGCCCAUCGUGGACACGAUCCGCGAGGAGGACAAGUAUGGCAACACCGGGGACCGGCACCAGUUCAUCGGGCGCGGCGUGGUGGCGGGCUUCGAAGGCAUUUCCAGAAUCCUCAACAAAGUCCUCGACUUUCCGUUCGAGACCGUGAAGAAGGUCUCGCGCAGUGCUACGGAAGCCCUCAACAACCUGGGUUCUAAACUGAUAGGACUGUAAAUAUCUACAACGCCAAAUGAAACACACACGUACCUUGAAUUUUGAAGUAAGUUAAGAUUUAGUUGCUGUUAUACCUUCUUUGUUGAACAAUAAAUAAUAUGUUUAAGAA